AUGAAAGAGAGAGCAGAGCGAGAGAGAGAACGAGAAGAAGAGAGAGAGAGGCAGAGGAAGCAGGAACUUGUCAAAAAGGCCAUGCAACUUUUUAACAAUUCGAAAACAACAACUUCCAACUCUAACAACAAAAACAAAACGACCUUGACCUCAUUAACAUCUGCACCAAGUGUAUCCGUCAACCACAAAAGAAAGCACUCCAACAAUACCGACACAGAGGAGAAAAAUGAUUCUAAAAAAUUCAGGCCAUCCUCAUUGUCGUCCAGUUCAGCAAUGUCCUCCUAUAAAAUUCCCAAAAAAUCAUCCCUGACAGCUUCAUCCUCAUCUAAACCCGUGCCCCCGCCAUUGAGUUUCAAUGAAAUUCUAAAAAUUGCAGAACAAAAAUCAAAAGAAAAGCCACCAGCCGACCUAGUGGAGAAAAUAUUAACGACAGAUCUGAAGGACAGUAAAGAUAAAAAAUCCAACUCUGAAAUUAGAAAAGAAGUCGGUGUGGGCGAUAAUAGGGGAGUUGAUCGUCCACUGACGCAAGAGGAAAAAGACAGACUGUACGGCACUGCUUCUAACAACUUUACCAAGGGUAGCAGUAGCAGUAUAAAAAACUCUGGAUAUAGUAGUAGUAAUGGUAGUAUAAAAAACAGCGUCAGUAGUGGUAGCGGUAGUAGUGGUAAUGGUAGUAGCAGCACUAGCAGUGGUAAAAUUACUAAAAGUUAUAAUGGAGACGCUGGUAGAAUAAAGAGUGGUGGUGUAGUAGGAAGUAAAGAAAGUGGCCACAGUAUUACCAAAAGUAGUAGUAGUAGUAACGCUAAUAUUUCUAAAAGUGGUAGUAGUAGCAACAUUGGUGGCUGCAAAAAACCUUUAGAUAAAGUCAUCGCCACAUCGUCGUCGUCAUCAUCUGCAUUUAAGUUACCGUCAUCAUCGUCGUCGUCGUCAUCUUCACAAACAUCUGCUGCCUAUAAGAAGAACAUUAUCACCAAUGGCAAUAGAAAUAACAGUAACAAUAAUAGUAAUCAGACUUUCAAAGAUAAGCCAGCAUCAUCAUCUUCAUCGUCCUCAUCUCUGAAACCACAGACCAACAACUCCAGUAGCAAAAACGCACACAGCAACAACAUAGACAACAAAAAUAAUAACAACAACAAUAAUAAUAUUAACGAUGAUUAUGAUGAUGGUGGUGGUGGUAAUGAGGCUGAAAGAUUGCUGAAUCAGAUGAUGAGGAAAUUUGAGCAGCUGAAACGGCAAGGGGUAGUGAAGGGAGACCUGUUAGAAAAUUUGAAAAAAAUUUCAGAAAAACAAAACAACAACAACAACAAUAACAUUAAUAAAAACAACAAGAUCAGCAACAAUAACAGCAGCAAUAACAACAACAACAGCAGCAACAACAACAAAAGAUCUACUCCUACUACUUCUACUUCUUCUUGUGUGUCAAGCAGCAGUAGCAACAACAAUUCGACCAAACACAUCAGACCGAUCAACAACAGCAACAAAACCACGACAACAGACAACAGCAAUAAAACCACCACUGCUACUACUACCAUUAAUAAUAAUAAAAAUAAUAAUAAUAACAACAACAAUAAUAAUAAUAAAGUUUUGAGUGCCUGGGAUAGAAUAUGUGGGGAUAUGAUAAAGAAGAAGAAACUAACUCCCAAGCAAGAGAAGUUUCUAAGUGGCGAUCAUUACGAUGACGAUGAUGAAGAUGACGACGAUGAGGAUGAAGAUGAUGACGACAUGGCCGAUUUCAUCGUCGAUGAUGAUGAUGAUGAUGGUGUCGACGGUGCUGGCGUCGACUACUCGAAGCACAUUGGACAGAUUUUCAAGUACAACAAAGCCAAGUAUGCAAAUGAGAGGUACGACGAUGAUGAGCUCCGAAACAUGGAGAGCAACUUCAAUCGCAUUCAGAAGGAAGAAUUUUUCAGUUCUAAAAUAGGCCUGAUGGAAGAUCUUGAAGAUAUAAGAAGAGAGGAGGAGGAGAUGAGUAGGAAGAAGAUGAUGAAGAAGAAAUCGCAGAUGAAGAGAUGA